AUGGCGGUUGGAAGCUCUGCUGAGACUAUGUCUAUGAAGGGGAGUGCGAGCUUGGCUGAGCAGCAGCAGGAGGUGGUGGCGGCGGCAGCGGCAGCCGCCCGACCCUUCGUGUGUGUAGAGUGCGGUAGACCCGUCGCACUUCUGUUUCGAGAGUACAACAAGGGCAACAUCCGACUGGGACGAUGUAGCUACUGCCGGUCCGUGGCGGACAAGUACAUCGAGUGGGAGUUCGUCUUGAUCGCGAUUGACCUGGCCUUACAUCGGGUCCAGGCCUACCGGCACCUACUCUUCAACAUGAGGCCAUUCAGUACACACAGUUUUCGGGGGCGGUUGUGGCAGCUGGGGGUAGGCAUGGCAGCCCUCGACGCCCACCUCCGACACACGGCACUGUCCAGCGAGGCGGCGGCGGCGGCCGCUCAGGAGUCUGCGGGGAGCGUUGUUGUGGCCGGCGACGGGGGCGGGGACCCUUUCUGGGAAGCGGGCGGGCUGCUCCUCGCCGCGGUGGUCGAGCACGCGUGUUUCGCGGCUGGGGCGGUGCUUUUCGCGACGAGCAGGGUGCGCGCGGCGGCGGCAAAGGCGGCAAAGGCGCGGCGAAACCGAAAUCGACAAACCGGCCGGCGAAGCACACGGAGCACUGGUACGAUAAACGGCGGUCGGCAGGAGGAGGACUGGGAUGAGUAUGGAGGCGGCGGCCGUAGCGCCGCCGAUAGAAGGGACGACGACGAGUGGAGAAGUAGUGGUGAUGUGGGGGGCACCGGUGGGCUGGGGGAGGGACAACAACAAAGACGACAGGGCAGGGCCGGGGAGGAAGACGGAGAAGACGGAGAUGACGGUUACGAGUCUUCCUCGUCCUAUUCGCUGCCCCCGCCACGACCGGAUUCUUCCAGCACCAUUCCAUCGACCGCACCGUCUUCUGCGACAGUGGCGGCAUCGCCUCUGUGUGUUGGUGGCGGCGGCGGCGGCGGUGGUUCUUCCCGUGCAGCCAAGAUGUACAUGGCCGUGGUGUACCCCCUGUUUUUCAGACUCCUCGCAGCGUUCGUCAUGAUCUGGGAUCGACAGGUGGCGAUCCUGAACACCAUCGAGUUGCUAGUGGCCACCAUGCAGUUCGUCGCCCUGUCCGCCGUCGUCGGGGGGCCCGCAGCGGUGAGCGGAAUGGGGGAGGGGGGCGUCGCCGCCAUGUCUGUCUUGGCCGGUCUGGCUUCCAAGAUGGCGGCAAGAGCAGUCCUGUGCCUUUGGUUCGGCAGCGACCCCAGGACCCUCCGGAUGCUGUGA